GUCUGAAUGUGGGGGAAGGAGUCCUGCAGCUGACUUGGUGAUUGGGAUAAAAUCCCUAAACCUCCUUUUCCCUGUCCUUACAAGAGUGAUAUUGACCCUCCACUUGAAACAUGCAGUGCUGUACAGGAGCCAAAUCAUUGCCAUGAUGUGCAAUGCAAGAAGUUGGUGAGAGGAGCAUUGAGUCAAUCACUUAUUAAAGGGAUCCAUAAAAUAAACUUCUGCAAUACCACACCAGCUUGCCUUCAACUGUCCAGCCAGACAGUGUGAUGGUCUUAGACCCAAACAUGCUUGGCCCAAAGGCUCAAGCCUUGUCCCCUUGCAGACCAGUGUUGGGCCAAUACCAUAUACUUGGAAGCCAGAGUCCACUUUGUUCACCUGCCCCACAGCAGUUGAUGCCACCUGGCUGUUGGAAAUGAAAUGUCUGGACUGCCAUAGGUCUGAAUGGGAGCAACUAGGGAAAAUCUCCCUUGCUCCUGAGAGCAGCCUCUGGGUGCGGUUGGAAUACAAAUAGUAUUCCAGCCAUUUUAUGCCAGGAUCUCUAAUACCCUGUCUAAACCUGCCUGCACUUGUGUGGUAGCUGCCUACUAAGACACAACCUGUGUUGCCAGCAGGUGAGCAUGGAUGUGGAUGCUUGAGGUACUAAUCAAUCCCAAAUGCCCCUGGCUGAAAGCACUAGUGGAAAUGAUGGGACAUCAUUAUCCUCAGAGUUAAUCCCAGGAACCUGCAUUCAGAGAACUUGGUGUUUGUUGCUAUGCUGCUAAGGGUCACAUGAUCCUACUGAGUCUCCCUGCUAUUACCAAGCUAGCUACUGACCACCAGAAAUAUUCUUGUAAACAAAUAUUCUGGGUCACAGGAGGGAGGAGGGUCAUGCCACAUCCUCCUGCUGCCUUCCCUUUCAUGUAGGUGUAGAGAACUGGUGCCUCCAGCAACUAGGGGAUGGGGACAGAGCCUCACCCUGAAUUGUGAUCAUAACUUAACUCCCUAGUUUCUCAGUCACUCCAUGUGCACAGGCAUUCACCAAGCAAAAGCCACCACACUCAGUAGUAAGGAGGCCACCGGAUUAGGCUGUAAGGAGGGUCCUUCUACCUGAGCCACAAGGCCUGCGUGGGGCGCUUUGCUUUGCUGGUUGAGCUGUUAGGUGGAGGACUUCGGUCUCCAAGGCUAUUUUCUUUAAGCAUGUAACGUGUGAAAGUGCUACAACUUCCAAAGUAGGUGUGUGCUGGGGUGUUCCCCAAGCUUUCCCCAUCUGCUGGCUCUGCUGCUUGGGCUCCAUCCUGCACAGGGAACCAUAGGAAGUCCUAUUACCACUUGGCUACCCCACUAUUUACCAGGCAGCACCUGUGCCCAGCGGGAAGCUGGCCACUGAUACCUGUUCCCUUUGUGGAAGCAGCUGCUUUGCACAUUCUGGUGGGAGGGGAGAAAGAGUCUUAAGAUGGUUACUUUGCAAAGGCUUUUUGGCUGGUUACCUCACCCACCCACAAAAUGGGAUUUUCUGGAGGGGUAUGUAGCCUGAGCCCUUUACACCUGGGUUUGUCUGACACAAACAAGGCUGAGCUCUUUAGUGGUUGCCCUCUGAGCACAGGCAUGAGCCUGGACAACUGAUCCAGUGGUAUGAGCUGUCUCUCCCCAAAUCUGUGAUCUGAGGGAUCGCUCCUAAGCCUGAGUCUCUGCCCUAAAGAGCCUAGAGUCUGUCUAACAAAUGGGGGUGGGUCUGGGGGAAGCAAGGAAAUAAAUAGUGUGAGUGAUUCUCAGCUGAGAACUAGCAGUGAUGACCAUUUGCUGCCUGCCCAGCUGUUGAGUUCACAGGAGUUGCUGCAUGGCUGACUUCGUGCUGAACCUCUGCUGGCAGCUCCCAAAGGAACAUCAUGUUUUUGUUGGCCCUUGCCCUCUCGCAAGGCUCUCCAGCCAGUACAGGGCAUGGAUAACCCCUGGGCACUGAGGUUAACAGAACUAAACAGUUUCAGCAUAGCUGAAGCAAUCGCCCUUGCAAUGGGAGGGGACUGGGAGAGGAGAUGUUGCUGGAACCCCUCUGCUGCUCUAGUCACCGUAACUAGGGCUGUGUCUGUUGUGGAUUGUGAUUUUCCCAUGACCUCAGGGACUUCUGCAGCAGCCAGUGUGGCUGAUCCCAGGGCCACUCAAGCAGCUGGCCUUAGGGACAGCCACACCAGCUGCUGCUCGGAUGGCCCCUGACAGCAGGCCCAGGGUGGCGUGAGCAGCCAUGGUCUGUGGCACCAGGUGGCUGGCCAGAGCAGUCACUGGUGCUGCUGGGCCCCUGAGCAGCAUGCCCUCCCCACUCCCCCGAUUUAGUUACAGGUAUAAGUCAUGGACAGUAAUUUUUGUUUAUUGCCAGUGACCUGUUCUUGACUUUUACUAAAAAUACCCAUGAGUAAAUCAUAGCCUUUGACAUAAUUGAUCUGUGAGGAUCCUCACCCAGCAGAUGGUCCAGUUCAGCCCUUUGACCGGUGCUGGGGGAGCAGAGAACGCAGCAGGUGCCUGCGGUAGGUGUUCCUGGAGUCUCUGAAACUCUGCUCUGGGUGCUAUUCUCUUGCCUGGCCCUGCAAGCAGCCUGGGCCAGCAGUUCCUGGGGCGAGCUGACCUCCAAGAGGUGCUGCUCUGCUGCUGGGCUUCUGCUUCCAGGACCAGCGCUCAUGCCCACUGUAUGGGAUCUACAGCUCUGACGCUCAAGCCCAAGCACAGCCAUGAACCGCAGCAGUGCAGCUCCAGCCUUGAGGAGCGGAGAUCGGCCACAGGCAUCGGCAAGGGAAUGACCUCAGCACUAACUUGGCUUCUGUGGCUUUGACACAUCACUGUUUCACGCCUCUGCAGGCUGCUGCAUGCAUCAGUCUCUGGUUUACCAGGCCUGUUCCUAAUGGACUCUUGCCUUUUCUUUUGGUAGUCCUGGUUUCCAUGCCACAGGGAGCCUGCAGGGGCCAGGUACCAGGGCUGCACGUGCAUAGGCAGCAGACAGCUUGACCCUUUAGAUGGGCUCGUCAACAAGUAGGCUGUAAGAUGAGACGCUAACUUGUGCCAAAAGUGGGAGGCUGGAGGGCAGGGCAGCUCUAUUACAGCACCUCAUGGCAAAUAGCAUGAGCUGGAUGUCCCCAAAAUAGCCAGCAGGAGGCUAUAUAAGGGGGGGUGCUGGGGGAGCCCUUCAGCCCUGAGCAGGGGGUCUGGCACCGAGCUCAGCGGGGACUGGGAGCACCCAGCUUCCUUGCUGCUCUAGAGGGUGGCUGCUUGCGGCUGCCAGGAGAGGCCCCAGCAGAACUAGUGGCUCCGGCUCACUUUGGUCGGAGGAGGAAGCGACCAGAACAGGGGCGAAGAGUGUGCAGUGCUCUGACACAGAGCCGGGGCUCCGUGCUGUCUCCCGCACCUGCUCACCCAGGCUGUCACAGUCUCACUGUGUCUCUGCCCUUGUGCCGUCUCACCGGCUUCACAGGGUGCCCACCAGUAUGAAAUACUAUGAGCCGGCCUCACUGCCCCAGGACCGCGGGUGCUCCCAGCGCCCCAAGCCUGCACGGACGGUGCGCUUCCCCAACGACAUUGUCUUCCAGGACAGCAUCAGACUGGGGGACCUGGAGCAGGUGGGCAGGUUUAUCCGAGCUAGGAAGGUCACCUUGAGCACCCUCUACCCCUCCGGCAUGGCAGCCCUCCAUGAAGCCGUGCUCUCCGGGAACCUCGACUGUGUCAAACUGCUGGUGCGAUACGGCGCGGAUAUACACCAGAAGGAUGAGAAUGGCUGGACCCCCCUGCAUGUGGCCUGCAGCGAUGGCCACACCCACAUAGCCAGGUACCUCAUCUCUUUAGGGGCCAGGCUUGAUGCCACCAAUGACGAAGGGGAGAAGCCAUCUGACCUCAUUGACGCUGACUCCAAGGACCUUGUGGAGCUCUUUAAAGCUGCCAGGAUGGACUGAGGAGUCUCUUCCUGGCGUGGGGCCCCUCUCGCUCAGACUCUCCAGCAGCGGAGGAGGGGCAGUGUGGUCGUCAGUCCUCGGGGCUGCUGAUCAGGGCAGCUGGGACGUCUAGGGAAAGCCGAGAGUCUUGCUGUAACGUGUGCGUAGGAGAGCCUAGAGACAGAGAGAGUUCACCCAAUAACUGUACUGCAGGACCCCCGGAUCGCCAGGUGCACCAAUGGGAGAAACUGACCCUUCUCCACUGCUCUCAGCUCCACCGCAGAGCCAGUGUCCAUCUUCAGCUAAAACUGGAUUGGCCAAAAGGGCAGUGGCUGGACGCACUGGUUCUGGCUGGCGCUGGUGUGUGGUCACUGAAGCAGGGGGUGAGCUGGCAUGGGGUGGGCUCUGCUGUGUGGAAGGGGUGUGCUGUAGGGCCCAGGUGGCGCUGUCUCACUGGAAGCAUUACAGCUGUUUCUUUGAGCUGCAGCUCCUCAGAAUAACCCUUGUCCGUCCAGGGGCAGAGAGAGAGAAGGUUAGCCCAGCUCUCAAGGGGGCUUGUGAUGCUGUACAGAUUAGAUAUCUUGUCAUAAUGUCAGUGUUAAAAGACCUAUUUUGGAUUGAGCUUAUAGCUUUGCUUUUCUACCAUAGCAUCCAAUGGGUUGACCUGGUGGCCAGGUUCUUUUUGUUACUUUGAAAAUACUUUUUACUUUUUCAAUAAACUGAUUUCCGGACAGCCUGGUGCUGCCAACAUUGUUUUGUUUCUGAGAUGUAGGGGGUAACUCUUCUUGCCCAACAGCACAGUUGUCCCAAAAUCACCUCUCCCAACCUGCUUCAGGAUCCCUAUUAGGCAGAAGCAACCAUGACACGGGAGCCACAUGCUCAAUUAAAAGAAAGAACCAAGAAUCAACAAACUCAUUGCAGCUGUCAAGGAAAAAUAGUGUGUCUGACAUGUGACGGCAGAGCUUGGACUCAAGCCCCAGUCGUUUCCAGGUUCUCCUGCCUAGGCUGAUCCCCAUCAUGGGCACUCAUGGUCCACCUAGCCAGGGCUUGCUGGAGGGGGGUUCCUCUAAUGGCUGCUCUGGGGAGAGGGAGCAGGUAUAACACAGCAGCACUUGGGCACGUCACCACACCCGGAACCCUUGCAUUGGGCCCUGUGCACCAGUUCAAAUCAAGCAGAUCCACUUGCAGACCAAACGGCAAGCCCUGGGAACACCCACCACUCAGCAAAGGGCUUGCAGAGCAGCCCCGCUCACUCAGCUCUGGCAUGGGCACUGCUGGGUGGCUCCACUAUUAUUCCUUCCCUGUGGGCAUCAGAGAAGGACAGGGCUGAGAGCUGGGGGCUGAACGAGGAGAGAGUGGCUUGGUAUGGACCUGAGCAGCUGGUGAAC